AUUUGAUUUGACUUAGUAUAUUAAGAUGAUUUUCAUUAAAGUAUGUUCAGUUUAAUUUCAUAUUUUGCUACGAAUGUUACAAAAGUACGACUCCCUACGACCAUGAAUUUUAAAGUUAUAAUUUUGGUUUUGACAACUUGUGUAGCUUUUGUAGUAGCCGAUUCAAUUAUUCCAGUGAAUUCUUGUGAUAACUUACAAGAUAGUUUAGGAACAGAAAACUCUCUCUGUGAGAUAAAUCAAGUUACAAUAGAUUCCUGUAAAAUGGAAUAUAAAAAAUGUAUAUUAUAUAGAAAAGAAAACUAUACAAUUAAUGUUGAUUUUGUGCCUAAAUUUUCAUCCGAUCAUAUUAAAAUGGAUUUGUUUUUUGACUUUGGAAAUUUUAAUAUGUUGAGAAAUAUAAGUUAUAGCAUUGAUACUGAAGCUUGUAAUUUCAUGACCUGUCCUAUUGUUAAUGGUAUUAAAAAUACAUACAGAUAUAGAGGCCAUAUCCCAAAUAUAAUCCCAAAAGCUAUGUAUCGAUUUUAUUUUAUGAUGUCGGAAGGGUCGAUACCAAAGUGCUGUUUUGAGAUGAAAAUUAAAAUUAUGUAGCAUUGAUGACAUGACUGAUCCUGUUUCUACAAAAAUUACUUUUUCAUAAAUUUAAAAUUACCGCUGUAAAAAUCAAAUCUUAAAUGUUCUCCGAAUCCUUGAUAAAUCUCUAACCUAUUCAAUUUAGAAAUCUAGUACAAGUCGCUUCUAAUGAGUGCUUAGCUUCAUAAUAUCAAGCUGAGUAUUCGUGUCCUAAUACUGCUAUAAUUUUUCCAAAAAGUAAUUUUCAUAUUAAAUGUCAGAUGCGGCUUAUCGUUUACAAUAUUUUUGAUCAGUCGAUCUAUUUCUAGAUUGAUUAAGUCAGAGAUUUUUUAAGGAUUUAAGGUUAUGUAUUAGGAUUUGGGUUUGACACCACUAUUUUUGGGAAAAAUUAAAAAAGUUGUUAAACAAAAAAAUGAUAGUUAUGCAUCUUAAGCUUUUACUACGAAAUAUUAUAUCGUUCAGUUCUGAAUUUAAACUUACCAGAACAAAACCAAUUUUAUAUUUUUUUUAAUGUAGCAAACAAAGAAAUAAUGCAAAAGAAUCAGGAGCAUUGCUUAUUGUAUAAUAAUUAUACCUUUAUCACUCCUACCCAAUUAUUUCUAUAAAGUGCAUUUGAAUAAUGCUUAUGCUAUUCAUUAACAUUUUAGAGCGUGUGCUAAGCUCUUUAAAAACAAAAGUGAAUGUGCAAAGGCUUAUUUUUUUCCAUAGAAAAAUAAUGUUAGCGGAUGACCUUUUGAUAUUUUAUUUCGAUAAUUGUUAUUCUUACUGAAAUAAAUUAAAAUCAAUUGAAUAUUAAAUGAAAAAAAA